AUGGCGGUGGGGUGGCUGUGUUUGCCGCUUCUCCUCGGAGUGGCCGUGGUUAGCACUGCGGCGCCGCUUGAGCCUGACGGGAAAGGCCCAGACACGGCCAAAGGCAGCGCGGCAGUAGCAAAUCCAGAGCGGACAGCCAUCAAUCAAGAUGUUUCAAGUCUCCCUGCAAAUGAGCAAGACAAUACUGAAGCCAGCCAAAAUGCCAACUUAAAAGUUGAGUCCUCAAAGCAUGAAUCUGCAAACAAAGGGCAUGACGCUGAUCAUAAUCCUGGCAAGCUGCCGGACAAUAGUGAGCCCAACCAAAAUAGCAACUCUCAAGCUGUGCCCCCAAAUCAUGAAUCUGCAAACAAGGGGCAUGACGCUGAUCACAAUCCUGGCAAGCUGCCGGACAAUAGUGAGCCCAACCAAAAUGGCAACUCUCAACAUGUGUCCCCAAAUCAUGAAUCUGCAAACAAGGGGCAUGACGCUGAUCAUAAUCCUGACAAGCUGCCAGACAAUAGUGAGCCCAACCAAAAUAGCAACUCUCAAGAUGUGCCCCCAAAUCAUGAAUCUGCAAACAAAGGGCAUGACGCUGAUCAUAAUCCUGGCAAGCUGCCGGACAAUAGUGAGCCCAACCAAAAUGGCAACUCUCAAGCUGUGCCCCCAAAUCAUGAAUCUGCAAACAAAGGGCAUGACGCUGAUCAUAAUCCUGGCAAGCUGCCGGACAAUAGUGAGCCCAACCAAAAUGGCAACUCUCAAGCUGUGCCCCCAAAUCAUGAAUCUGCAAACAAGGGGCAUGACGCUGAUAACAAUCCUGGCAAGCUGCCGGACAAUAGUGAGCCCAACCAAAAUGGCAACUCUCAACAUGUGUCCCCAAAUCAUGAAUCUGCAAACAAGGGGCAUGACGCUGAUCAUAAUCCUGACAAGCUGCCAGACAAUAGUGAGCCCAACCAAAAUAGCAACUCUCAAGAUGUGCCCCCAAAUCAUGAAUCUGCAAACAAGGGGCAUGAUGCUGAUCAUAAUCCUGGCAAGCUGCCGGACAAUAGUGAGCCCAACCAAAAUGGCAACUCUCAAGCUGUGCCCCCAAAUCAUGAAUCUGCAAACAAAGGGCAUGACGCUGAUCAUAAUCCUGGCAAGCUGCCAGACAAUAGUGAGCCCAACCAAAAUGACAACUCUCAAGCUGUGCCCCCAAAUCAUGAAUCUGCAAACAAGGGGCAUGAUGCUGAUCAUAAUCCUGGCAAGCUGCCGGACAAUAAUGACCCCAACCAAAAUGGCAACUCUCAAGCUGUGCCCCCAAAUCAUGAAUCUGCAAACAAGGGGCAUGACGCUGAUCAUAAUCCUGGCAAGCUGCCGGACAAUAGUGAGCACAACCAAAAUGUCAACUCUCAAGAUGUUUCCCCAAAGCAUGAACCUGCAGACAAGGAGCAUGAUGCUGAUCAUAAUCCUGGCAAGCUGCCGGACAAUAGUGAGCCCCACCAAAGUGUCAGCUCUCAAGAUACGCUUCCAAAUCAUGAAUCUGUAGGUGAUGAUUGGGACGCUGAUGAAGAAGACCGAAUGAAUGGUGAUGGUGGUGAUCAAGGCCAAAGUGAUGUGGAAGGUAAAGCUGAAGAGGCUGAGGAGAAGAAUGGUGAGCUCUCCAAGACUAUGGAUGAGAAAAAGAGCUCCCUUUCACCAGGCCCGUCCCCCAAAGAAUCUGAGAAUAGCCACUUCUUUGCCUACUUGGUGACCACGGCUAUAGUUGUUGCUGCCUUAUACAUUGCAUACCACAAUAAACGAAAGAUAAUUGCCUUUGCCCUGGAAGGGAAGAGAUCAAAGUUAACCCGAAGGCCCAAAUCUAGCGACUAUCAGCGACUGGAUCAAAAGAUAUAA